UCGGUCGCCCAAUGGUUGGCGUUCGCAGGCCGAUGUGCAAGUCCAAGAGCUCCGGCGCCACCGCAACCGCCGACUCCGUCGUCCCGUCGACGUCCCGCUCCUCCAGCACCCACCCGCCCAACCACACCUCCUACAGCUCCUCCACAUCCUCCCUCUCCACCACCUCCUCCUCCGCCGCCUCCUCCCUGCAGGCCCUCAAGCAGGGCUCCCUCCCGGACCUCCCGCUCCUCCUCACCUUCGCCGAGCUCGCCGCCGCCACCUCCAACUUCGCCCCCUCCCACCGCCUCGCCCCGUCCUCCUCCAACUCCUUCCGCUGCGCGCUCCGGGGCCACCCGGCCGCCGUCUUCCGCCGCGCGCUGCGGCGCGACCCGCCCGAGGUCUCCGCCCGCCUCGCCGUGCUCGGCCACUGCCACCACGCCGCCAUCGCGCGCCUCUACGGCGCCGCCGCCUCCCCCGACGGCUCCCUCUUCCUCGCCUACGAGCUCGUCCCGGACGCCGCCCCGCUCUCCGCCCUCCUCCGCGGCAACCGCGCCUUCACGCCGCUGGCCACCUGGACCGCCCGCCUCCGCGUCGCCGCCAACGCCUGCGACGCGCUCAGCUACGUCCACCUCCAGGCCGGCACCGUCCACAACCGCCUCUCCUCCUCCACCGUCCUCGUCUGCGGCGACGGCGCCCGCCUCCGCGCCAAGAUCGCCCAUUUCGGCGCCGCCGACCUCGCCGGCGAGCUCCCCCCGUCCGACUCCGACGAAUCCCAGCCCCACCCCGCCAGCGCCAGGCACCGCCGCACGGGGAGCCGGCGGAUCGAGGGCACGCGCGGGUACAUGGCGCCGGAGAUCAUCGCGGGGGGCGCGCCGUCGCGGCGCUCCGACGUGUUCGCGCUCGGCGUGCUGCUGCUGGAGCUGCUGUCCGGGGAAGAACCCGUGCGGUACGAGCACAACAAGGCGACCGGGGAGUACGAGCGGACGUCGCUGAUCGAGACCGCCGGGGCCGCGGCGGGCGGCGGGGAGGGGAUGCGGCGGUGGGUGGACCGGAGGCUGAAAGAUUCCUUCCCCGUCGACGCGGCCGAGACGCUCACGGCGGUGGCGCUGCGGUGCGUCGCCAAGGACCCCGAGGCCCGGCCGGAGAUGUCCUGGGUCGCCGCCAAGGUCUCCAAGCUCUUCCUGGAGGCGCAGGACUGGGCCGACAAGUUCCGCGUCCCCACCGACAUCUCCGUCUCCUUCGCUCCCAGGUGAAUUCGUCU